AAUUUCUCGCCGCAUUCCCCGCCCAGCAACUUUCUUUUCAUCAAUACCACAAUCACAAAUAGCAUCACAGUUUUUGGCAAAUCCAGAAGCAGUGCACAUCGAAAUGGCUUCAGAACCGGCCGCACCUUCUGCGACUAGCAGCAAUGCCGACAAGCCUGUGGCCGUCGUCUGCGUCGGCAUGGCAGGCUCCGGCAAGACUACCUUUAUGCAGCGCAUAAACGCCCAUCUCCACGGCAAGAAGGACCCUCCGUACGUUAUCAACCUCGACCCGGCCGUGCUCAACGUCCCGUUCGACAGCAACAUCGAUAUUCGCGACUCGGUCAACUACAAGGAGGUCAUGAAGCAGUACAACCUGGGCCCCAACGGCGGCAUCCUCACAUCUCUAAACCUGUUCGCAACAAAGGUCGACCAGAUAUUGAACCUGCUGGAGAAGCGCACAGCCCGAGACACGCCCGAGAACGCCGGUCGCAAGCCCAUCGAGCACAUCCUGGUCGACACGCCCGGCCAGAUCGAGGCCUUUGUGUGGUCGGCCAGCGGCACGAUCCUGCUCGAGUCGCUGGCAUCGUCCUUCCCGACCGUCAUCGCGUACGUGGUCGACACGCCGCGCACCCGCUCGACCAGCACCUUUAUGAGCAACAUGCUCUACGCCUGCAGUAUCCUGUACAAGACCAAGCUGCCCAUGAUCCUCGUCUUCAACAAGACGGACGUGCAGGACGCGUCCUUUGCCAAGGAGUGGAUGACGGACUUUGACGCCUUUCAGGCCGCGCUGCGGGAGGACGAGGAGCGCAAUGCUUUUGGGUCCGCCGAGGGCGAGUCGGGCUCCGGCGGCAGCGGCUACAUGAGCAGUCUGCUCAACAGCAUGAGCAUGAUGCUGGACGAGUUCUACGCUCAUCUUAGCGUCGUCGGCGUCAGCUCCAUGACUGGCCACGGCGUGGACGAUUUCUUUACAGCAGUCGCUGAAAAGGCGGAGGAGUUCCGCCGCGACUACCAGCCCGAGUUGGAGCGGAGGCGGGAGGAGCGCGACGAGGCAAAGAAGCUCAUCCGGGAGCAGGAGCUCGACAAGAUGAUGAAGGGCAUGUCGUUUGCGGGCGACAAGGAUGGGACUGGUGCUUCCGGCAGCAACGACGCCGAGGAUGAGAACCCGGAUAUUGCUGCGUUGGGGAGGAGGGUUGACGCUAUAGACUCGGACGACUCGGUUGCCGAUGACGACGAGAUGGAUGAUGAGGGGUUGAAGGCAAGAUAUGAUGCGGCGCUGAACGAUGCAAAUGCGUCGAUGAGCCAGGACGCCAGCUUUGCCAACUACCUGCGGUCUCAGGCAAACCAGCAGUAACGGCACCGGCAGGGGAUUUGUGGGGGAAGAGGUGUUAAGGGGUGGGCAUCGGGCAUGUACUAGCAUCAGGCGGCGUUAAAUCAGGGUCAUUACUUCGUAUUUGUGAUACCAAAAGAAUUGGAUUCCAAAGAAAAGACGGGCUGUCUUGGCGGUACAGCGGCUGUCUUUCCAUAUUUUCCACAUGUCCUUCUGCCAUUUCCAACUCCAAACUCCAUCCAUUAUCA